AUGUCCGCUAAAGCUGAAAAGAAACCUGCUUCCAAGGCUCCAGCUGAGAAGAAGCCAGCCGCCAAGAAGACGGCUCCUUCCACUGAGAACAAAAUGAAGAGAGCAAAGAUCAGAAAGGAAACCUACUCCUCUUACAUCUACAAAGUUUUGAAACAAACACACCCUGACACUGGUAUCUCUCAGAAAUCCAUGUCCAUUUUGAAUUCGUUUGUGAACGAUAUCUUCGAGAGAAUCGCCACCGAGGCUUCCAAACUGGCUGCUUACAACAAAAAGUCCACCAUUUCCGCCAGAGAAAUCCAGACUGCGGUGAGAUUGAUCUUGCCCGGUGAGUUGGCUAAGCACGCCGUCUCCGAAGGUACCAGAGCCGUUACCAAGUACUCUUCGGCCUCCAGCCAGGCUUAA